UUGGCUGUGAGGGUUGAAUGUAAGAUGGCGCCCAGGGAGCUGUGAGGGGAAAAUCCUGUCGGUCUUGGAGCGACGACGGCAGAACCGGGGCCCCGAGCGGUGCGGCGGGGCCAGCGGGUAGAACGGCGGCGGCGGCGGCGGCGGCGGCGACGUCGCCGGGAACCCUAAGGACUCUGCAAUAUGAAUAAUUCUCUGGAGAACACCAUCUCCUUUGAAGAGUACAUCCGAGUGAAGGCGCGGUCUGUCCCGCAACACAGGAUGAAGGAAUUUCUGGACUCACUAGCCUCUAAGGGGCCAGAAGCCCUUCAGGAGUUCCAGCAGACAGCCACCACUACCAUGGUGUACCAACAGGGUGGGAACUGCAUUUACACAGACAGCACCGAAGUGGCUGGGUCUUUGCUUGAACUUGCCUGUCCAGUCACCACCAGUGUUCAGCCACAAACCCAGCAAGAACAGCAGAUCCAGGUUCAACAGCCACAGCAGGUUCAGGUACAGGUGCAGGUACAGCAGUCUCCGCAGCAGGUCUCGGCUCAGCAGCUCUCCCCGCAGCUCACCGUUCACCAGCCUGCUGAGCAGCCCAUCCAUGUCCAGGUGCAGAUCCAAGGCCAAGCAGCACAGCCGACAGCCCCCUCCAUCCAGACCCCAUCUCUGCAGAGCCCCAGCCCUUCGCAACUGCAGGCGGCCCAGAUCCAGGUGCAGCACAUGCAGGCGGCCCAGCAGAUCCAGGCUGCAGAGAUCCCAGAGGAGCACAUCCCACAUCAACAGAUCCAGGCUCAGCUGGUGGCUGGCCAGUCUCUUGCUGGGGGUCAGCAGAUCCAAAUCCAGACUGUGGGUGCCCUUUCCCCACCACCGUCCCAGCAGGGCUCACCUCGGGAAGGGGAGCGGCGGGUUGGCACGGCCAGUGUCCUCCAGCCAGUGAAGAAGCGCAAAGUGGACAUGCCCAUCACUGUGUCCUACGCCAUCUCAGGGCAGCCGGUGGCCACCGUGCUGGCCAUUCCACAGGGCCAGCAGCAGAGUUAUGUGUCUUUGAGGCCCGACUUACUAACAGUAGACAGUGCCCACCUGUACAGUGCCACUGGGACCAUUACUAGCCCUACAGGAGAAACCUGGACCAUACCUGUUUACUCUGCCCAGCCCCGGGGGGACCCUCAGCAGCAGAGCAUUACUCAUAUUGCCAUUCCCCAGGAAGCCUACAACGCAGUUCACGUCAGUGGCUCACCCACAGCCCUGGCAGCUGUAAAGCUGGAGGAUGACAAGGAGAAGAUGGUGGGCACCACGUCUGUAGUGAAAAACUCCCAUGAAGAGGUAGUGCAGACCCUUGCAAACUCUCUUUUUCCAGCACAGUUCAUGAAUGGCAACAUCCACAUUCCAGUGGCUGUGCAGGCUGUGGCAGGCACAUACCAGAACACAGCUCAGACUGUCCAUAUAUGGGACCCUCAGCAGCAGCCACAACAACAAACCCCCCAGGAACAGACGCCACCGCCACCACAGCAGCAGCAGCAGCAGCAGCUCCAGGUUACUUGUUCAGCUCAAACUGUCCAAGUUGCUGAAGUUGAACCACAGUCACAGCCACAGCCUUCCCCAGAACUUCUGCUUCCAAAUUCUCUGAAGCCAGAAGAAGGGCUUGAAGUAUGGAAAAACUGGGCACAGACCAAGAAUGCUGAGCUAGAGAAGGAUGCUCAGAACAGACUGGCACCCAUUGGGAGGCGUCAAUUGCUGCGAUUCCAGGAAGAUCUCAUCUCUUCUGCUGUGGCCGAGUUGAAUUAUGGGCUCUGUCUAAUGACACGGGAAGCUCGAAAUGGAGAAGGUGAACCCUAUGACCCAGAUGUGCUGUACUAUAUUUUCCUGUGUAUUCAAAAGUAUCUUUUUGAAAAUGGACGGGUUGAUGACAUUUUCUCCGAUCUUUAUUAUGUUCGAUUCACGGAGUGGCUGCAUGAAGUUCUGAAGGACAUUCAGCCCCGAGUCACUCCACUUGGCUAUGUCCUGCCCAGCCACGUGACUGAGGAGAUGCUGUGGGAGUGCAAGCAGCUCGGCGCUCACUCCCCUUCCACCCUGCUGACCACCCUCAUGUUCUUUAACACCAAAUACUUCCUGUUGAAGACAGUGGACCAGCACAUGAAGCUGGCCUUCUCCAAGGUCUUACGACAGACAAAGAAGAACCCCUCUAAUCCUAAGGAUAAAAGCACGAGUAUUCGGUACCUGAAGGCACUUGGGAUACACCAGACUGGCCAGAAAGUUACAGAUGACAUGUAUGCAGAACAGACGGAAAAUCCAGAGAAUCCACUGAGAUGUCCUAUCAAGCUCUACGAUUUCUACCUCUUUAAAUGCCCCCAGAGUGUGAAAGGCCGGAAUGACACCUUUUACCUGACGCCCGAGCCGGUGGUGGCCCCCAACAGCCCAAUCUGGUACUCAGUCCAGCCUAUCAGCAGAGAGCAGAUGGGACAGAUGCUGACUCGGAUCCUGGUGAUACGAGAAAUUCAGGAGGCCAUUGCAGUGGCCAACGCAAGCACCAUGCACUGAGAUCCCUCAGCCAUGGUGCAAGGGAGACCAUCCAGGAAAAAACGGACACUUUCACACUAAAGAAGAGGCCUCCAUUUUUUUCUUUUCUUUUUUUUAUUGGUGUAGUUAUGAACCCUUUCAGACUGCUUCUAUUUCAAAUGUAAAAGGAAACUUUGCCCCCUGUGCAUCUUCAUAAACCUGCUGUGGCAGACUUCUCAGCCCAUGGGGGCUCUGGGUUUCCUGAGAGCCAGAUGUCCUAGACAGUUGCUGGCUGACUUUUUUUGUGUGGGGCCUGAGGAAAGGGCUUGGACUGUUAGGAGAGAUGUCGCCCCUUCCCUUCCUCCAGAAAGAUGGAAUUAAUGAUGGAUGGACCCUCCAGGGAAUCUCCCCAGCUGGCUUCCACUCUGACUGGCAGACUUCGCUGACCACAGGGGAGCCAUGGUCUUCUUUCUUCAUGCUCAGACAUAAACCUAGCAUCUUAAUGGAAGGAAAAUGAGGGGAACUUCAAUUAUGAUUUAUUAAAGACAAUUUCUAUUACACCCUCCUUUAUGACAAGUGACAUUUUAGAUGUUAAAGUAAAAACUUUACCAUGUCUUUUUUUUUUUUUUUUUUUUUUUUGGCCUAACAUUGAGGCCUUAAACCUGAGGCUUCUGUGCCUGAUGGAAUUCUUGUAACAUACACUUGUGUAUCAUAUAAAGAUACCACUCUGUUUCUCUUAUGUAUUCUUAAUCUAGUUGUUUAUUAAGAAUGACAAGCACGUCUUUUCAA